AUGCCACACAGAUCCUCCAGCACUGAGUGUGGCAGUAACAGAAGACGAAGAUGGCAGUGGCUUACUUGUCUCGGCUGCACCAGUCGGUGCACCGGGGAAGUGAGUCUAUUCCAUGCUAUUGCACAGGGAGACUCGGAGGAGUUGGAGCGGUGUCUACAAUACCUCCAGACUUCUCCCAUUCUACUUACAGUGCGACGUGGACAUCCAAACAAAUUGCUCGGCACCUUUUUUCAGGAAUGCUCACCUGCCAUUUGGGCCGUCGAGUGCCGUCAGUGGCAUCUGCUUCCUCUCCUCUCUCACUAUGGUUAUGAUAUUAAUCGUCCUCAACUUUGCCGUCGAUGGACAUGCUUUUGUCGUAACCAGCUCCGUCCCAACAACUCUCCAUAUAGGCGUCUAUGGACCAGGGGUCAAUAUACUUACCAAUCCAUUCUGGAUUACUUCUUCGCAAGUGUUUACGAACGUAUUGGUGAGUUUCAGGAUACUCCUUUGCUUCUGGGGUCUGAUUUUCAGGAAAAUCCUCUCGAACCACUCCUCUCCCACGCUAAUGAACUUCUCUCCCAUGGGGUGGAUGUUCACCGUAUCGAUUCCAUCAUUGUUUUCAACUCCCUGGCCAGUUCUUUCGAUCGGUACAUGUGUCACUACUUCGACGCAAGUGAUAGCAUACUUCCCGACAUCCCCAAAAGAGCUGAUGCUUUCGUGGAGUUAAAAGUGCUUCAGCAUCUCAUUGAGAACGGGUUCUCGGAGUUUGAGUUUAUGGAGUACGUCAGUCCCAACACAAAUUGGUUUGGAAUCCUUAUCUGCCUCCUCGCCCAUCCACGUCUCCCUAAAGUCAUCGAAGCGAAUCGACCUGUCCCCCCUCUCCUGCGCUCCGCUGCUCUCCUCUUUAUCAACCUUCUCGUCUGGAGACACUCAUUCCCUACCUCUAUCGAUCUUCAAGACUGCAUGAACAACUUACGACUUCGAAAGACCUACAUUCGACGCUAUGCUGAUCAGCAGAAUGUCUUUACCGCGCGCGUUGCGAGUAUAAUCAGGGAAAGUGAUAGCCUGUUCCGUUCGCCUCCCACUCUUGGACUCCUUGCUCGAAACCGGAUUCGUGGACUUUUGGGUGGCAGGAGCUUCAAGGCGAAGGUGGCGAGUUUAGGACUACCGCAAAACCUCGCCACUUUUCUCGCUUUAGUGGGCCCCGAACAUAUGGCGUGGAUUAGAACGUCGCCGUUCAUUGUUGCAGUGGCCACUGGCAAGUUGACCGUCGCCUCGUUUGAGGAACUGGAUGGGCUAGGUGAUAAGCUAAGCUCUUCGCUACCGCCGCUGCAGCCGCCAUCGCCACCCACAGUCGAGCAACCACAUCCUUCUCUGCCUCUCCCUCCAUUUUUUACCGAGGCAAUCGAACUCGAAUCACCGGUGAGAUGCGGAACAGUGAAACGACGCGCUUCUGCGUGUCCACGCACUAACCGACUGCAGCCAAUGACGGGUCCCGUGCUCCGCAUCCAGCGCUCGAUGACUGCGGUGGUGCGUGGGCCCCGACCCAGCUCUGCGCCCCUGCUAAAGAAGCCUUACGACAUCCUGCAUCCACUCUUGUACGAUUUGCGUGACGUGGAUGUGGUGCUACUUGACUGCAAGGGUGGAGCUGCAUCUUACUCGCCGGGUCAAUUUUAA